AUAAGUACUCGGAACGUAUUAACGAUAAAGCACAUAUUUCAUUCGUGUAUUUUUUAGAUAGCAACCGUUUAAAAGAUUCAAAGCUCUUUUAAGAAAACUUCAUAAAUUACCCGAAACAUAAACGUAUCCGUAGAGGUCGCGAACAUUUUCUUUCUUAUUCUAUACAUCCACAUUAAAAAUAAUUUUCGACAUUUCAGUGUACGCGUGUAAUUAAAAACUCUUUCAAAGAAAAUGAUAAUGUUAAUAACACUCUGGUUAUCAGGCUUAAUCGCACUUUGGCUACUCUUGAGCUCUACAAGUCGAUUACUAUCUACUAUAUGGGAAACGAUUUUUCCUCUUAUCAACUUCACAUCGAUCGAUUUUCGCAUGAAAUUUGGUGAAUGGGCGGUGGUAACAGGCUCAACCGAUGGAAUUGGAAAGGCUUACGCAAAGGAGCUAGCUAUAAGAAACAUUAAUUUGAUUUUGAUAAGCAGAAAUUUAAGUAAAUUGGAAAAGACCAAAUGUGAACUAUUGAACGUUAAUCCUAACAUAGAAAUAAAGAUCAUAGAGGCAGACUUUAGCAAAGGCAAGCCGAUCUUUGAAAAAAUCAAAUCUGAAUUGGAAAAUAUACAAAUUGGAAUAUUGGUGAACAACGUGGGCAAACAAUAUAGUUAUCCAAUGUAUCUUCACGAAGUUUCGGAGAAUGAGCUAUGGGAUAUCAUGACCGUAAAUGUGGGAGCCGCCACCAUGAUGACGCGAUUAAUUAUCGAACAAAUGAAAAAACAUAAAAAAGGUGCUAUCGUCAAUAUAUCUUCUGGCUCGGAACACCAGCCCCUUCCAUUAAUGACAGUCUAUGCUGCAACUAAAGCAUAUUUAAAAAGUUUUUCCGAUGCAAUUAGAAUCGAAUAUUCGAAAUUUGGCAUAACGAUUCAACAUUUGGCACCACUCUUCAUUAAUACUAAAAUGAAUGCCUUCAGUCCAAGGCUUCAGGUAUCCAGUCUAUUUGUUCCUAAUGCAACGACUUAUGCCAAAAAUGCGAUAGCUACGCUUGGUAAAGUAGACUCGAGCAGCGGAUAUUGGGCUCAUGGUAUUCAAACAUUUUUCAGUCUUAUUCCACCAGUAUGGAUCAGAGCGAAAGUUGGUUGGUUAAUGAAUAAAAAAUUUCGAAAUGAUUAUUUUACAUACAUCCAAAAUAAAUAAAUUCUUGUGAAAAAAUGUUA